AUGGCGGAUGAAAUUGAUUUCACUACUGGAGAUGCUGGGGCUUCCAGCACUUACCCAAUGCAGUGCUCGGCCCUGCGCAAAAACGGCUUCGUGGUUCUCAAAGGACGACCAUGCAAAAUAGUGGAGAUGUCAACUUCCAAAACUGGAAAGCACGGUCAUGCCAAGGUUCACCUUGUUGGAAUUGAUAUUUUCACGGGCAAAAAAUAUGAAGAUAUUUGUCCCUCUACUCACAACAUGGAUGUUCCAAAUAUUAAGAGAAAUGAUUAUCAACUGAUAUGUAUUCAGGAUGGUUACUUAUCCCUGCUGACAGAAACCGGUGAAGUUCGUGAGGAUCUUAAGCUGCCAGAAGGUGAACUAGGUAAAGAAAUAGAAGGAAAAUACAAUGCAGGUGAAGAUGUACAGGUGUCUGUUAUGUGUGCAAUGAGUGAAGAAUAUGCUGUAGCCAUAAAGCCCUGCAAAUAA